AUGGACCAGUUCAAAGGGCAGCCUGCAUGGGUUCUCAUUGGAGUGAGCGGGCUCAUGGGAAUCAUGAUAUGGAUAGCCCGACUAUUGAUCCAGGCCUUUGUGUCUCAUCCCCUGGCUCACUUCCCGGGCCCCAGACUAUCAGCUCUGAGUAAUCUAAAUUAUUCAUGGGCCUACAUGGGCGGCCGGCAACCAUACGAUAUUCUCAACUUGCACGCAAAAUACGGUCCUGUCGUGCGUGUGGCACCGAAUGAGCUUUCUUUCAACACACCGCAGUCCUGGAAAGAUAUAUACGCGCCACGAAAAGGCCGGCCCACGUUCAUCAAGAGCGACUUUUACGACGGUGGAAACUUCGCUGAUCAAGCCAGCUCGGUUGUCAGCGAGCGUGAUCCUGCAAAACACCGCGCGAUGCGCAAGUUUCUUGCCGCCGCCUUUUCAGAACGAUCACUGCGCGAGCAGGAAGGUCUCGUCACACAGGUCAUUGACGACUUUAUAGACCAGGUUGGUCAACGGGGCAACUCUAAGGAGGGUGUCGACAUGACGAUGUGGACUAAUCUGCUCACCUUCGACAUCAUCGGCCAGCUGGCCUUUGGGGAGUCGUUCCAUGGCCUCGAAACGGGGAAUCUCCAUUUCUGGAUAGCGGUUGUUACAGAAAGCAUGGGACAAGCCGGUCUCUCUGACUUUUUGAAACGCUUCCCCAUUAUUGGCCACAUCUUUUUAAAGCUCAACCCACGCUGGUUAAACAAGCUCAUGGAUGGCGCCAUCAAACACCAAACGUAUACGAUCGACUUGGUCAAACGGCGAAUCCAGCAAAAGACCAACCGGAAAGACUUCAUGAGCCACCUGUUGGCAGAGCGCAACGCAUCCCAGAUAUCGGAUAUUCAGUUAGCCGCUCACGCUUCGGACUUUGUCAUCGCGGGGAGUGAAACAACAGCCACAUGUCUGGCAACCGUCAUUUACUACGUCGGUCGUAAUCCGCGCAUCCUCAAGGCACUGCAGGAGGAGGUCCGAUCCGCCUUCGGAAGGCCCGAGGAGAUCAACGGACAAUCCACCUCCUCGCUUAAGUACUUGCAUGCGGUAUGCCUCGAGGCAUUGCGUAUCUUUCCCCCGCUGGCAUUGGGUUUGCCACGGGUGGUGCCGGAAGGCGGAGAGAUGAUAGAUGGGUACUUUGUGCCAGCGAAAACAAUCGUCUCCACAAACCCAUUCGCUGCCAGCCUCGACCCGGCGAAUUUUGAUGCCCCGUGGGUCUUCUGUCCAGAGCGCUGGCUAAGACUGAGUGCGGAGGACCAACUGGAGGCCAGUCAACCCUUCUCAAUGGGUUCACGCUCAUGCCUGGGCCAAGGGUUGGCCUGGUUGGAACUGCGGUUGACCUUGGCAAAGCUUUACUACUGGUAUGAUCUGAAGCUGGUGGACGAUGAGCUGGAAUGGCACGGGGAUGUGGCCAUGCAUCUCUUGUGGGUUAAGCCCAAGCUCAUGACGCAGGUGACUCCACGGGCCAAGUGA